AUGUCUACCACCAAUGGUGCUCAGGCGCCUCCCAAGGACAAACUGAUAUUCGCCCCCGGCUCCAACCCCGACGAUGCCCACACCGCCCACCAAGCCGCACAAUUCUCCCUCUCACGCCUCCGCCGCCCCGAUCUCUCCGACAACCCAUUCAUCCAAUUCCACAGCUGGUUCACACACCCCCAACUCAAAGGCUCUGUCCCCGAGACCGUCACCCUCUCCACCGCCGGUUUACCAUCAGGCUGCAUCUCCAGCCGCACAGUGUACCUCAAGGAACUCGACGACAAGGGCUUCGUAAUCUACAGCAACUUCGGCACUUCGCGCAAAGCCGCGGACCUCACAUCCAACCCGCACGCCAGUCUCACAUUCUGGUGGAAACCUCUCGAACGUCAAGUCCGGGUUGAGGGAAUCACCGAACGCCUGACACCACAGGAAAGCCAAGUGUAUUUCAACACACGCGCCCGUGGGUCCAGGAUUGGAGCAUGGGCAAGUCAGCAGUCUAGUGUGCUCAUACCGGAACCUGAAAACGACGAUGACGGUCGUCUCGACCUCGAAAAUCGCGUCAAGGAAAUCGAAAAGCGAUUCGAAGGCCAGGACGAGAUUCCCGUGCCGCCUUUCUGGGGUGGAUUGCGUAUCAUUCCGGAAUCGGUUGAGUUCUGGCAAGGGCGGGAAAGUAGAUUACAUGACCGGUUCGUGUAUACGAGGCUAGAAGGUGGUGCUGGGUGGAAGAUAGAACGAUUAAGUCCUUGA